CCCCGCCCUAAUUGUGCCCUGGUGCUCUUUGUUUUCCCUCUAGUAGUCAUGUAUUUUUAGUCCUGUGUUUUCUAUCGUCUUGCGUUGGCUGUUGCUUGUAUUCCUGGACUUCGUGCUGUUUCCUCUCAUAGAUUAUUGAACAAAUUUAUACUAGAGGUCAAUCUCAUAUUCAGAAACAAGAAUGUCCAGUACCGUCAUACCCACAAACUCUGGGACGCUGAUCAUCCAGUUUCAGCCAUCAGAACAAACGGCACCAGCUGAAAGAGGGACAAAUGCUCCAGUGAAUGUUCAUAUCCCACAGGCAGCUUCAUUUCCUCAAGGACUUGAGGCAUUUCUGAAAGGACAACCAAAAGCACUUGGGACUGUCCAGAUAAUGAUCGGCCUGCUGAUUCUCCUGUUUGGCAUUGUGUGUACAAUCUAUGCAGAAACCAUCUUUGUCUUCAGUGGUAUUCCUUACUGGGGAUCUCUCAUCUACAUUAUCACAGGAUCACUGAGCAUUGCUGCAGAAAAUGUACUCCAUGUCAAAGGACCCUUCAGUCUAUGUUUGGUGAAAGGUUCACUUGGAAUGAGCAUCAUAAGUGCUAUAACUGCAGGCAUUUCCAUUAUUAUACUUUCAUUGGAUUUGUCUAUAAUACAACCAUACUCUUACUGCAGUGGUUAUGACUGUUAUCGUUCAAGUUACAAGUAUGAGACCCUCUUCCGGGGGAUCAGUGGUGUGUUCUUGGUAUUCACUGUCCUUGAGUUCAUCAUCUCCAUCUGUCUGUCAGCAUUUGCCUGUAAAGCCAACGCCUGCUGUGCUCCUCAGGUGCUGAAUGUUCACCAUGUUGUAAUUCCACAGCCCUAUCAGUCACAUGAUCUUAACCAGUCAGAGGUUCCUCUGGUCAGCGUCUCUUCUAUGCCUCACCAUCCUGCAGUAAAUCCCCCACAAUACAGUGAAACAGCUCCGAAAUAUUAAUCUUAAAAAGUGGACAGUAGUGAUGGGAAGUUCGGUUCUUUUCCGCGAACCGGUUCUUUCGGACAGUUCGAUUCAAUAAACCGGUUGAAAAAACCGGUUCACCGGUUCUUUUACGCUCCGACGUAAUGACUCUUACAUUAUGAUUAAAUAAACUUACGUUUCGCCAGAUUGACCCCUCAUUCGAGUUCUCUCAUAGCAUCAGUUGUCCUAGUUAGCCGGUGCUGUGAUGUUACUGUUCGGUAACUUCAGAUCACACGCUGAAUCACGCAUGCACAGUAUCAUCAGCUCAUCGGUUCUCAAAUCGGACACGUCCGAAAGAAGCGGUUCUCGGUUGUGUACUGAUGAUCCGAAAACCGUUGCAACCGGUUCUUGACUCGAGAACGAGAACCGUGACAAGCCGUGUUUGUUCGUGUGCGCCGCGCAUGCGCACUCAUCAGCUGCUCUGCAGCUCGUGCCCAUCAUCAUCAGUUCUCUCUUUACAGCAGGUUAAGUCACUGUACUGUUGGAGUAACUGAAUAACUCCGGGAUUUUGGUUUAUUUCGAGAGGUAGUGUCAGGCACGUCAAAAAGUGAGUAACUUUAGUAAUUUGUGGAUUCGUGUUUGCUUACUGGAGAUGCGAACUGUUUGGAACGAUUCAGACCGAUUUGGUGAACUGGUUCAACCGGUUCACUGAAAAGAACCGGUUAAAAAGAACGAUUCGUUCGCGAACCGGACAUCACUAGUGGACAGAGCUGUGGUCCUGCUGUUGAUUUACCAGUGAUUUACUGUCCUUUAUCUCUGCUUUCCUUUCUCUAAAAAGAGGAUAACUGAUUUAUUACUAACGUGUGUGUAAACAAACUAUUCAAGACAAGAUACUGUUUCGUAAUUUUGUUUAUAUCAACAAUGCUACCUGAUCAUCAGUGAAACUCACUCUUUUUUACUUUAUAGAUAAUAAAUAAACUCUUUAAAUACCUUAACAAAUAUUACUGAUACAAACUGAAUGUUCAAAACUUUCAAAGCAAAAGAAAAUAUUAAAAUUAUUCAUAAAAUUACUCAAA